UUUUAUUCUGCGUUAAUUCCUUCAUUGUUACGUUUGUACCUUUUCGUUUAGGUGUGACAAACUAAACUGUACUCGUUAUUUGUGUCAGAAUGAACUCAACUCAGUGAACAUUGAAGCUUCUUUGGCGAUGUUAACCUGCAACUUAGCUUAGCUUGUUAGCUGCUAACAAAAUACACCCGGAAGUUAUCAACACAUCGCUAAGCAAAAUGCGGAGAGUGUUGGUUAAUUAGCGACUAACUGCGGCUGUUGGAGAAAUAUUUGUAGUGUUAUAAAGAAAGAUAGCAGAGUACGACGAGGAACUUUCUCCAACAAAAGAGGAGAACUAGCGACAACGUCAACUGCUGGACGCUGUUUUCAAGAAGCAUCAAGUUGUGUUGCACGGAACAAACGUCUGUGAAGAACAUCUUCUUCCUGAGCAACAGGAGUGGACCUCCAGGAUGGAGCAGGAGAAACCACAGUCCCCUCACAUUAAAAAAGAAGAGGAGGAGUCACAUCUUACACUUAUUAAAGAGGAAGAUGAGGAAUUAAAGCCCCCCUUCUUUAAAGAGGAAGAUGAGGAUCGCCUUAUCAGUCAGAAUGGAGCGCAUGUUGAAGGACUGGAGGAGGUUGAUGUCCCCAAGAUGCCAUUGACUGGUGUCAUUGUGAAGAGUGAAGAUGAUGAGGUCAAAAGUGAAAGUGAGGAGAAGAGAGAGGUGGAGCCUCCAAGCAGCAGCUCAACUCAACACAUGACAACAGAAGCUGAUGAAGACCACUGUGGAGGAUCACAAGCAGACAAAGUCUUAGCUCCACUAUCAGAUAGUGAUGACACAACGUCACUAUCUUCUGACACUGAUGAUGAAGACUCUGAAGCUGAUACAACAUGUCACACUGACAACACACACUUUGAAUGUUCUCACUGUGGCAAAACCUUUAAUCACCGCCGUAAUCUGAAACCACACAUGAGAAUACACACUGGUGAGAAACCAUUUUCCUGUUCAAGGUGUGGCAAAAGUUUUAGACAAAAUGGUGAUUUGAAAACACACAUGAGAACACACACUGGUGACAAACCUUUUUCCUGUUCAAUCUGUGGUAAAGGUUUUGUACGAAAUUUUGAUUUGAAAACACACAUGAGAACACACACUGGAGAAAAACUUUUUAUCUGUUCAAUCUGUGGUAAAGGUUUUACACAAAAUAAUGAUUUUAAAGCGCACAUGAGAACACACACUGGUGAAAAACCUUUUGUCUGUUCAAUCUGUACGAAAGGAUUUACACAAAAUUCUCAUUUGAAAACACACAUGACAACUCACACUGGUGAAAAGCCUUUUAUCUGUUCAAUCUGUGUUAAAGGUUUUGUUCGAAAUUGUGUUUUGAAAAGACACAUGAGAACACACACUGGAGAAAAACGUUUUAUCUGUUCAAUCUGUGGUAAAGGUUUUAUACAAAAUAGGGAUUUGAAAGCACACAUGUCAAUACACACUGGUAAAACAUCGUUUUCCUGUUCAAUCUGUGCUCAAGGUUUUGUACGCAAAUAUCAGUUGAAAUUACACAUGAGAACACACAUUGUCGAGGUAGUGUGAGUUGCAGCGUGUGAUGAAAGAUUCUCUUAAAAGUACCUGUGUAAGAAACAUGAGUGAGAACAUCAGCAGCAAAUGAAGCUGCAGGACUUUAAAUAAACUGUCAAAUCGUUGUUAACGUUGACUUCUGACAACAUCAUUACAUACAGUUCAUCUGGAAAUCACAGCCCUUCACUUUUUCCACAUUUUGUUUUGUUACAACUCCAAAUGGUAUGAAUUUGUUUUAGUCCUCAGAAUUCUACAGACAAUACCCCAUAAUGACGGUGUGAUAAGUCUUUAUGCAAAUGUAUUCAAAAUAAAAACAACUAAAAACUCCAAUGUACAUAAGUAUUCACAGCUUUUCCUCAAUUAUUUUGUUGAUGCACCUUUUGCAGCAGUUACAGCCUCAAGUCUAUUUGAAUACAAUGCCACAUGCUUGGCACGCCAAUGUUUGGGCAGUUUUCCCAUUCCUCUUUGCAGCACCUCUCAAGCUCCAUUAGGUUGCAUGCAAAUCGUUGGUUUUCACGCAGGAUGUCUCUGUACAUUGAUGCAUCCAUCUUCCCCUUUAUCCUAAGUAGUCUCGCAUUUCCUGCCGCUGAAAAACAUCCCCACAGCAUGAUGCUGCCACCACCAUGUUUCACUGUAGGGAUGGUAUUGGCCUGGUGAUGAAUGGUGCUUGGUUUCCUUCAAACAUGAUGCCUGGCUGAGGCUUUGUCUUAUCAGGCAAGAAGCUUUUGUUUUCUCAUGGUCUGAGUAUAUUUCAGGUUCAUUUUGGCAAAAUUUUUACUAAGAAAUGGCUUCCAUCUGCCCACUAUACCAUACAGGCCUGAUUGGUGGAUUGCUGCAGAGAUGGUUGUCCUUCUGGAAGGGAAGGUUCUCCUCUCUCCAAAGACGAAUAUUGUAGCUCUGACAGAGUGACCAUCGGGUUCUUGGUCACCUCCCUGACUAGACUAAGAUGAAUGCAGCAAUAUACGAAGACAUUCUUGAUGAAAACCAACGCUUCCCAUCCAAUCUGAUGGAGCUUGAGAAGUGCUGCAUAGAGGAAUGGGUGAAACUGCCCAUAAGUAUGUGUUACAAACUUGUGGCAUCGUAUUCAAAAAGACAGGAGGCCUUAAUUGUUGCCAAACGUGCAUCAACGAAGAAUUGAGCAAAGGCUAUAAAUACUGUGGCGAAUGCAUAUAUGUUUAAGAGUUCUUUCUGUAUUCAUAGUCAUGUUUAAAGCAGCUAGUGUUUUUCCAUUUGUACUCUUUUUUUAAUUUUUUUUCUUAUGUCCGCAAGUAAACUAUGUGUGUUACCUUGAAGGCUUGCACUGUAGGAGAUGGAAUACUUCCUUUUGUCUUAUCUGUAGUAGAACAAUGAGGCUGUGUUCCUUUCCGGGCAGGUGGGGGCUUUCUUCGUGUGCAAGAAGUUGGCUCUUCCGUUUGAGUGUUAGAUCAAUUCGAGAAGCCGAUAUGAAUGUAUUGGUGUGGGCUGAUCUCCUGAAGCUUCAGUAAAACUUGAUAAUAUUUCUAUUCUGUCUUGAUGGUCCUUCUUAGUCUGCGUAUGUCAUUUGAAAGAACUUGGGAUUGACAAGUGACUUCACUUCCCUGGGAGGGAAGUCUGGUCUGACGCAACAAUACUUAUGAUCAUUAUUUAUUAAUUUUUUUAAUACAUUUGCGAACAUUU